UUCUCAAUGAAUUCACUUUCCAUCAUCCGGCCAAAAAAUUUAUGUAUUUUCCAGCAAAACUCUUAACUUCAAAAAGAAUACAAUUUCCUGUUUCCAGAUAACUCUGGGAUUCAAAUAUUGCUGUUUUGAGGUGUUGGAAAAAGGCAGAUUUUUAAGAUAAUUGUUAUUGAUAAUUUAAAGUUCCAAAAAAUGCAAAAGGAUAGAACAGUUGGUUCUCUAUCUUUUGAUCGCUCUAGGGUAUCUCCUUACCCGUGUAGUUCCAGGGAUGCCAAGCAAUGCCAACCUGAGAAUCCAUUGGGAUUGGGAUUUGGAUCGACCGAUGAUGUUAAAGAGUGGGAGGAUGCAAGGUGCCCCAUCUGUAUGGAACACCCGCAUAAUGCGGUACUUUUGCGGUGUUCUUCCUUUGAGAAGGGCUGUCGCCCUUUCAUGUGUAAUACAAGUCACCGCCAUUCAAAUUGUCUGGACCAGUUUAGUAAGUCAUCAGUGUCAUGUCCUUCUACGGCUGUGUUACAGGAAAUUCCUUUCGGAAACAUGACCUCCACUUCUCGUAGUUGGAGGGGUUCGUCACCUUUUUAUGAUCUGACAGAAGCAGUUUGUGGUUUGCUGCCAAAGCUUCAUUGCCCUUUCUGUCGAGGAGAGAUUUAUGGCUGGAGUGUAGUAGAACCGGCUCGUGAGUUUAUGAAUUCCAAAGCCAGGAGUUGUUCUUCUGAGACCUGUGAUUUCAUUGGGACUUACAGUGAACUCAGGAAGCAUGCUAGGUCUGAUCAUCCUUUGGUCCGACCAAGAGAAGUGGAUCCGAUACGACUGCUUGAUUGGACUAAGUUGACGCAUGAGAGGGAUUAUGAGGACAUGCUUAGCUCAAUCCAAUCAGUCACAGGUGAAGAAAGUAAUGGAGAAAGCUUUUCAGAUAUAGGGGAGUUUCUUUCUUUGUUGGCUUCAAAUCCUGCAUACAUGACAUUUGAACCUGAGUUCAUCAGUGAUUCAAGGAAUACAGAACAAGUUCAAUUCAGGAGGAGAUUGGGAAGUAGGAGCUUUAGGUAUGAUCGAGAGUCUGAUCGUGGUACUAGGGAGCACAGUAGUUUUGUACCAGAUAGAGCUUUCCUUGGGCAACGCAACAAUCCUCGACCAGUAGAGAGAUUUCACGGUAGACACCGCAGCUCACAGGACAUGCUCCAUUGGAGGCACCCCACUUCACCAUCAGAGAGAGUUUUCCAAGGAAGUCGUCGUAGUUCACUAGCUGACAGAACACGUCGUAGCCAAGGAUUGCAACGGAGGACAGCAAGAUGGUCUACAUUCAAUAAUGGACAGUGAUUGGAGCACGUACUUUACGUGUGUCUCCCUGGUACAAAAAACAUUUUCUGCUUGGUUUUGCACUGUAAAUGGAAUCAAAAGCAGGAAGCUAGAGUUAUUGUUUUGGUCUAUUAAGUUAUGUUAGAUUUGGAAGUAAAAAGUGAAUCAUUGUUAUCCCUAUAUAUAUAUAUGUAUAUAUAUAUAUAUUUUAUCACAGAAUCAAUGUUUAAUGUUACAUGAAU